AUGGGCAAAGGAGGAAGAUCUGGGAGGAUCGUUAACGACUUUGGGCCCACUGGGAACUCAAAGAAGGGCCCCAGUGCCGGCCAGAAAAAAGCUGCGGCGGGCAAAGCCAAAACACUCUUGAAGAGCACCAAAGUCGAUGCAGAGGUGAAUGAAGAGGGAGAGGGAGAGGCACCUUUGGAGACUGUGGUACGGGUCAAGAUCCAGCAGUCAACUCUGAAUAUAUUCAAAGAUACGUUCCCGGAGAUCUUGCUGUCAGAGAGGUUGCAAACCACGCUUCAAGAAGUCAAAGCUGCUCUCUACAACAGGGAUUUUGAGCGAGCCUUUGGCAGGAAAGAUUACCUGGAGGCAUAUUCUGUUCGAUGGAGUCCAAGCAGAGCUCUUUGCUAUCAAGCUAUAUUGGUCGACCUCCAGAAACAUUUCGCUGACAUCUUCCCACUCUGCCAGCCUAGACAGCCCGAGGUUGAUGUUCCCGUGGAUUCCACGCUGCACGUUGUCGCUUUUGGCGGUGGAGCAGCAGAAGUUGUUGCUUUCGGUGGAUUUCUUCGAUGCCUCCUUGACGCUACUCCUUUGAAAGUCAUGCCCGACGCUGAUCUCAAGCUGGAAAAUCUGUCCAUCACGAACGCUACUACUGAGAAGGAUGCGACUCCCGAGUCUAUUGCUACCAAAACUGUAGAUAUUGACCUUCAGCUCAUCGACAGCGCCUCGUGGCAGGAUGUCUGCUCCAGGCUCCUCGCUGGACUUACCACGCUUCCAACACUCUCGAAAUAUGCCAACGCAUUAGCACGAGAAACGAACUCGCAAUUCAUACCGGAUGGAAGACUCGAAUCAACAUCGCAUGUUGAGAAUUGCCUUGAGAUGGACCAAAGUCGACUGGAAUUUCUGUUCGAAGCGAAGCCGCUUCUCUGCACUCUUCUCUUCACCCUGAACGAACUCUACACAGCCUCCAUCAGCAAAGCAACCACGUUCCUUAUAAAUGUGACAAAUUCUGCCAAACCAGGCACUCUGCUGCUCGUGGUCGAUAGCCCUGGAAGCUAUUCGGAGACUCAAGUUGGGUCAGAAGCCAAGAGAUACCCAAUGAAGUGGCUGAUGGACCACACUCUCAUGGACCCCAAACAACCUUUUUGGGAAAAGAUCGUGUCAGAUGACUCGAGAUGGUUUCGAAUUCCUAACAGCCUUAGAUACCCAAUCCAGCUGGAGAACAUGAGGUGUCAGAUGCAUCUCUAUCGCCGAAUAUGA